AGUUUCCCACUCAGUUUUCGUGCGUUUGCUUUUUGGUUACACCUGCUGCUUGUUCAGAGUACUCCAAAUCUCUGACUUUUACGCACAAAAAAAAAAAAAAAAUCUCACUUGAGUAUUUUUUUUUUCCCUUGGAGAUGGAGUUCACUACUCUUCGUUUUGACGCCGUUGGAGAUUAUAAUGAACACUACGCGGUCUCUCUAACUCCUUUCAAUGUCACAUUCACCGAGGAUCCCAUGCUUCUGCAUUCAAAGAGCAACGACACUAACAGAGCCGCAACAAGGGACACUUCAAGUCUGAUCAUCGCUAUUUGCAUCACAGCUCUUUAUUCUCUCAUCUGUGUGGUGGGACUGCUGGGAAAUGUCCUUGUGAUGUACGGGGUAGUCAGAUACACCAAAAUGAAGACCGCCACCAACAUCUACAUCUUCAAUCUGGCUCUGGCUGAUGCUCUGGCUACCAGUACCCUCCCCUUCCAGAGCGCCAAGUACCUGAUGGGAACAUGGCCCUUCGGGGAGCUGUUGUGUAAAGUGGUCAUGGCCAUUGACUACUAUAACAUGUUUACCAGCAUCUUUACACUAACCAUGAUGAGUGUGGACCGCUACAUCGCUGUCUGUCAUCCUGUGAAGGCCCUGGACUUCCGCACACCAGCAAAAGCCAAGCUGAUCAAUGUCUGCAUCUGGAUCCUCUCCUCUGCUGUUGGAGUACCUGUGAUGGUCAUGGCAGUUACCAACAUGACAGAUGAAGGCAAAACUGUCUGCACACUCCGCUUUCCCAAACCCGAGAAGUACUGGGACACAGUGACAAAAAUCUUUGUGUUCAUCUUUGCCUUCGUGGUUCCUGUCCUGGUCAUCACCAUCUGCUAUGGUCUCAUGAUCCUGCGGUUAAAGAGCGUCCGUCUGCUUUCUGGCUCCAAGGAGAAGGACAGGAACCUGCGGCGGAUCACUCGCAUGGUCCUGGUGGUGGUGGCAGCCUUCGUCAUCUGCUGGACUCCCAUCCACAUCUUCAUCAUUGUCAGGACCAUGGUGAAUACUGACAAAAACAACCUGGUGGUAGUGGCUAGCUGGCAUCUGUGCAUCGCUCUGGGCUACACCAACAGCAGCCUGAACCCUGUCCUGUACGCUUUCCUGGAUGAAAACUUCAAGAGAUGCCUCAGGGAUUUCUGUCUGCCGUAUCAUUCCCGCAUGGAGCAAAAUAGCUUCUCCAGAGCGCGUAACAGUGCGCGGGAGCCUGCGUCUGUUUGUGCUCCUGCAAUGAGAGAGACAGCACCAGCCUGACUAGGCAUGAAUCAGAUGGGGGAGGGGACGGUCCAGGAUGACCUCCAGACUGAACUUACACAGUUUACCACAGGGGUCUAGGACCACAGACAAAGGCUUUUGACCUACCGUCUGUGACAUGUUUGAUUGUGUUGGAUUCAAGUAACCAAACCUCCAUUUCCCAGUACAUACAUGAGACAGUUUUUCAAGGAUUGUCUCUCAGUAUAAUGACAAAAAUACCUGUGUGUGCCUGUACAUAAUGGACACAGAGAGUCUGUAUAUGUAUCGAUGCACAUGCAUACUGCAUCCAUUUAAGCAAACCUACAUAGCCUACUGGAAGUAGUAUAAGAGUGGUUUUCCAUCAGAUUUAACAUCCCUCCACAGCAAAUCUGAAUUUACAAACAUUUUUGAGUCAAUACUGACCAAGUAAAAAAUAAAAGUGUUAUGUGGAAGCCUGAAUCCAUCAUAAAUGUAAACUGGAAACAUUUUUCAAAAUCCAGGUUUCCGUUUAACAUAUUUUAUUCGCAUUUUGAAGCGUCAGAAAAGAAAACAAAAAGAAUUUCCUCAAGGCAUUUUAAAGUAAUUAAAACAAUGGUUUAAAGAGUAAGAAAUGUGAACAUGUGACUCACAUCCCAACUUGACAGAUCUGCACCGAAAAAGCAACAGGAAGUUCGUACCUUCCCUCUGCAGCUCUCUCCUCUUGGCCCAACUCAGAAGGCUUAACAGAAACACACAUAAUCUGACAUCACUGCAUGGCAUUAUGGACAAAGAAAGCUGACAUGUCACAGUUGUGGGCGCUGCUAUGUUAUUUCAGUGAUGAACCUAUGGAGUACAGCAGCAGAGUUCUGUCCUCAACCCCUAUAAGUUUCUGAAAACACAUACAGUUGGUCAGAAUCUUGCAUCAUGGGGUAAGUUUAGAUAGCCUGUAAAUAGUUAGUGGGCGUGCAGAGAUUUUGUUUCCUGUUGACAGGAUUUUUGCCCAGCGAUGGCAAAAACUAUUGUGCACUGAAGCUCUAAAGCGCUAAAAUUGUGGCAGAACAGGUAGGGAGUGUGGGUAGAUGAGGAGACUGAAUUAUUCUUUUGUCUCAUGCAUGAAAAAAACAUCACAGCCAUUUUAGAUUGAAACAGCAACAGAAUGCUGUGCUUUGUCUACUCUAUAACAUCUGCAUAAUUACAGUCAAGCUUAGUGUAAAUGACAUCACUGCCGUCUGAUAUAGAAAGGUACAUGAUUCUCUGUAUUAUAUCUCAAUUUUCUUCAAAUUUUAUUCACAUUUUAUGGAAACACUGCAAAUGAAGGUUAAAGUGAAUGUGUCAUCAACAUUUAUUCAAGAAGAUAACUGAAGUUUUUUUGUGGGAAAACCAUAUUAAAGUAUUGUUUAAUGAAGAGGAUAGUCAUUCUGUCUUAUAUGAAGAGGAUCUUUAAAUAAAACUAUAGACUGCCAAAGUGCUGACUCUGAGCUUUAGGAUUUGCUUCCAUAUUAGGAAAAAAGAGCAGGACUCAUAACUCUUUUUCAUAAACAGUUCCAUUAAUGAUCAAGUUGUCAGACAGAAAAUGUAUGUUAAACACACUCCAGGCCACCAAGGAUUUUUUUUUAUUUAUUUGCCAAACAGUGGCUAUGUAUGACUUGCCAAGCUACUCACAUGACCUCAAUCCAAUAGAUCAUGACGUUCACUUGAUGUAGACCAGACUGACUGCAAAAAUCCCCUGGCAGAGCAUCAUUGUGGAAGACACUGCAGUCUGCUGAUAUAAUGGGUCACAGAUUCAAACCAGACACCAAACCAAACAUUAAACAUGAUUCUGGUUGAUGUUAGAUUGUGAAAUUACUUUCAGUGUCCUAAAUUGGUGCAUAGAAGUGAAAUAACAGAAACAAUUCAUCCUGUUCAUUUCAUGAGCAUUUCAAUACCUGAGGUAGUUUUAUGUUGGGAAUUAAAAAAGUAGUCGUCUCAUUUUGUGUCCAAACUUGAUGAAAAAUGUGUCUCUGUCCGAAAAUGUGUCAGAAUGGAUAUGAUGCACUGUGUAUCUGAUAAUUGUACUGUGGGUCUGAUUGGGCAGAUAAUGAGAAUCCAAUAAUGUGAAUGUUUAGCUGGACUAUACUUUUUUUAUAUUGUCUCUGAUAUUUAAGUUAUAACAAACAAUGUAAUGCUCAUUAUGGUGAUUUUAUGAGAAGAAAUCGUUACAGAUGAAGAGCACAUACAUAUUUAAGAGGAGUUCUAACUGUAUAUGACCAAUUCAAUGUCAUUUUUUCCGUUUUUCACUGUUUGUAUCCUAGUGGUCCAUCAUGACAGACACAUUAAAGACAUGAGAAUGCCCUUCACGAUUAUGCAGAGAUGACUGAGUGCUUACAGCUUAUAUGAACAUCAGUGUUCAGCUGACUCACUGUUUGCACUCCUUGUGCAUCGAGGCUGCUCCGUGUUUUUUCACAACCACAGCGUUCAGCUGAUGGUAAACUGAGGAGCUGAAGGGGAAAGUGGCACUGCUGUUUCAGCUCACAGUUGUGACUGAAUGCACUGGAAGUGGCACAGAUGCACAUCUGAAUUGGAUCACACGCAUUAGCAGGCAACGACAGCCUUCCUAUACAUAUUACAGAUAAUGGACUUUUUCCGCUGAUGGAAAAUCUCUCGGACUUGGAUGGAAAGCAGAAGAUUUUUUUGCACAAACGUCAAACAGAUACCUCUUAUACUGAAGUCUUAUGUUUAAAAAAAAAUCAUCUAUAUGAAGUGUAUGGGACAUUUUAGUCUGUAACAGCAUAUUAAGUGAUAAUGUGCUUAUUUUGUUGUGCUGUCACACUGUUGUACCAUAAAGCUUCACUUGUGACCAGUUAAUAGACUCAAAUGUUAAAUAUAUUUAUAUAUAUGGUAUCUAUUUAAACUAAGUGCUAUAAAUGUAAGAGGAAGCAUUUAAAAUCUUCAAAAAUGUAUCCAUUUUUUGUAUAGCGAUUACAGCUUAUUUCAACUGCUCUCUGCUAUGUGGUCUUCAAUCCUGUAUAUUCAGCUGAAUGAAAUUAUGUACCGUAAUGCCUUAUUCGCAUUCUGUUUGGUUCUUUUGGCAGAAAGUGCAGCAUUUUGUAGAAAAAGUGAUUCAUCUUCUUUCACACCUUGAGUUCCAGCAGAUACAAAGUCUAUAGAGUACCUUAUUGUACAGAUGUAAUAACUGCUUUGUCUUUUGAAAACCUUCAUACAACUGUAAUAUAUAAAAAUUCAAGCUGUAAUUUAUAGGUGCUUUUCAUUUUAAACAUUACUGUAGAUACCUUUCAGUUAUGACCAAAUAUUUUGUUUCAUGUUGUCAUUAUUGAUGUUAUCCUCUUGUAAAUGCCAGUGCGGUCAGAUGAAGUGCGUAAUUAACUCAGAUGAUCAUGAAGGAUUAUAGAUUGGAUUUAUAGGUUUAUUGAUUGACUGGUGAUCUUUGACCUUUUGGACUUAAGUACUGGCUCCCCUAAGGAUG